AUGCAGCUCGCUCAAUGCUAUCACAGCGUGCUAAGUGCAGUCGAAACAUUACCCGCAACUCCCGAUGGCAGAAAAAUUGUGGCCUUCUGCGGAAUCUCAACCGGAUUGUUUGCAUAUCCGGCACGAGACGCCGCAGCUGUUGCGGUUAGCGCGGUCGCAGAUUGGCUCGAGCACCAUGAGGAUACAACCAUUACGGAUGUAAUCUUCAAUACCUUCACGGAUGCGGAUCAUGCCAUCUACAAGGAGGUCCUGGCUUCUCCUCUGCACGCAUGGAUGCGGUUGUGGACGACUCCACCGACAGGUGCACAUCACCCGCCGCUGGUCCAGUGCGACUCGCUAGACCGCGCCAGGCAUUGGCUCAGAUCCGCGGAUGCUGUCAUUGUAAGCGCCGGUGCCGGGCUUUCAGCUUCCGAUGGGCUGGAUUACACUUCAUCCGACCUGUUUGCCAAGCACUUUCCGGGCUUUCUGAAGUAUGGCUUGCGAACUUUGUACAGUGUUUUCGGCUUCGCUGGCUGGCCGACAGAGCAGGUUCGUUGGGGCUAUUAUUUUACUCACUUGGCCAUGAUCAGAUCGUGGCCGAGGUCCAGAAUGUAUCGCACCCUUAUCUCGUGGAUUGAGAAGUUUGGCGAGAAUGCACACGUCAGAACAUCCAACGCCGAUGGUCUGUUCGUCGCCAACGGGCUGCCUCCCGAGAAACUUUCAACUCCUCAGGGUUCCUAUUCCAUCUUUCAGUGCCUAGCCAACUGCCUGCCUGAAGCUACGGUCUUAUCUGCACCUUUGGUAGAGGAUGCGCAGCCAUUUUUGGAUCCAGUAUACCAGGUUCUGGUAGACAAAAGCAAGGUGCCCCUUUGCAGGUUUUGCGGCAGCAAGAUGACCAUUUGCGUUAGGGCGGGUGAUUGGUUCAAUGAAACUCCAUUCCAGGAUGGAGAGAAGAGAUGGAAGGAGUUCCGUCGGAACCUACUGCGUGACGAGAAGAAGACGGCAGUGAUCCUGGAGCUGGGGGUCGGAAUGUCGACGCCGGGCGUAUUGAGAUGGCCCAACGAGGACCUCGUUAUGAGAGGUGAAGGAAGAGUGAAGAUUGUGAGGGUUGGUAUGGGACCUGAAACGGCCGUCCCAUGGAAUCUGGAGGAUGAUGGGCUGGCGACAAGUAUAGAAGGCGACAUCUCAACAGUGGUGAUGGAGCUAAUGGGACAGAGCGAGAGUUGA